GCCCGCAGGGAAGAUGGCGGAGAAGCGGCGGGUUACGGCGUCGGUAGCGGUGGCGGGGACUUCGGAGGCUCGGCGGGCGAGCCCGGCGCGGGGCCUGGCAACCGAGAGCGAGGAGGAGUUCCUGCGCCAGGCCGGGGUGACAGCCAUGCUUCGCGCGGCGCUACUCAAGGUGCUGGAGGCGCGACCCGACGAGCCGCUCCCCUUCCUGGCGCACUACUUCGACAACCUGGGCCUGCGCUCGCCGGCCAACGGUGGUGCUGGGGAACCGCCAGGCCUGCUUCUCCUGCAGCAGCAGCGCAUCGGUCGCGCCUUGUGGCACCUGCGCCUGGCUCACCACUCCCAGAGGACGGCCUUCAAUAACAACGUCAGCGUGGCCUACGAGUGCCUGAGCGCCAGCGGCCGGAAGAAGAGGCCGGGCCUAGAUGGGCGCACUUAUAGUGAGCUUCUCAAGCGUAUCUGCAGGGACGGGGAGGCACCUGAGGAGAUCGUGUCCCCUCUCCUGCGCAAGAUCCAGUGCCGGGACCAUGAAGCUGUUCCCUUUGACAUCUUUCGUUAUGGCAUGCUCACCUGUUUUGUGCUUCUGGAGUUUGUGGCCCGGGCAGAUGCCCUCUACGAGGUCCUGGAUGACUCGGGCCAGGCCGACCGCCGAGUGUGCCAGGCGGUGCUAGACACCCUCGAGGGGGCCCUCUUGGCUGGGGAUUUUGAAGCCCCGAGCCGAUACCUGGAAGCCGGCUCUCAGCUAGGCCCCGACUGCCUUGCCCUGGCCAUGGACCGGGCCCUGCUGGCCCGCAAGCCCAACUCGGCCAUGCUGAGGGACGAAUUCCUAGAGAAAGCUGCUACCUUGUUUAUAGCAAAGGUCAGGCCUGUGGGCUAACCCCAAAGCUGCCAAACCUUUCAGGGAUCAACCCGGCCUGAGAUACAGGUUGGGAUAGUGUGGAUCAAUGGGCAAAGCUACCCCACUCUUCCUCUUGGCCCCUGUCUCCACUUUACCCCUCAGAUACCUCACUCCUUUCCCUGAUCCCUUGCUGGGAAGGGCCCCCUGGCUGGCUUGGGAUUUCCUAAGAGGAAGGGAUAGGGCCCGGGCUGCUGGCAGCUCAGAUUGCUCAGGUUCUCCCAAAAGGAAAGUGCCAUGGCACUUUGUGCCAGGGAUCCUGACAGAAGGGUGUCCUAAGGACCAGUUCUUACUCAGCCCAAGUUUAUUCUUCUCCUUGGGGACUGGUCUUGGGGAGAUUAUCCCCCGCCCCCUCCCUAGUCUUCCACCCACAGAGGAAGGAGCCCAGCCCCUAAAAAACUUCUCCUAGGGGAGAAUCAGAAUCCGGGAGGUUUCCCAGAGGGGAGAGGGGUCAGGUCCUGUGGUCAUUUUCUGGGCUGAGGUUGGGAAAUAGAGCUUCCCAAUCUGCCCAUCGCUCUGGACAGCUCAGCAUUGAGGUCUGGCUCUCCCCGGCUAUCCACCUGUGGCUUUCUCCUGCCUGCCACCGGCACUCUGCUCCUUGGACUGGGGCUCUCAUUUGUUCCAAGCUUCCAUCUUCAUUCUAAGUAAUAAAUUCUUUAUAACCGCUG